GGCUGUGAUAGAUGGCACUACCUAUUAAUAACGUCGACGCCAAUUACGAAGUCGACACAUUCACAUUGAAUUCGGUAUGAACUGUCAUAUGAAUGACUUGAUCGCCAUUAUAUAGACUUUUACAAGUUGUAAUCGUAAAUGAAAGAAAUUGCUUGUGUCAAAAAACCGCGGGAUAUUUGUUUUUAUUAUAACUGUACUGUAAUGGUUUUAUAGGACUUUCAUCAAAGAUGGCUCCUCCUAGAAAAAUUGUAAGAAGACAGUUAGAAAUCAUGAUAGACUUUUUAGAGGAAAAUAAAGAAAUGUCUAAAGGUAUUCCUCCCAGUUCUCCGAUAUCACAUCACACUAUUAAAGAAAACUGGAUUAAGCUAACUAAGACUUUGAAUAGUAUUGAAGGAGGUGCCAAGAAAGCUCCUGACGGAUGGAAAAAGUAUUGGUUUGAAUGGAGGCAUAGGUGUAGAAAAAAAGCAGCAAAUGCUAGAAGAUUUCAGACAAAAAAUACAAGUGGUUCCCACAGAUUUGUACCAUUGAAUGAUCUGGAAGUGCGUGUGCUUGAUCUCAAUGGAAAAGGGAGUGUCAGUGCAACAAUAUCUUCAUCGAAUAAAUUGGAGAAUUUCCUGGCAGAUGAUUCUGAAUCAGAGCAUGCGCUGGACAGCUCCGAGCCUAUCUUUCAAGAUAUGUCCCAAUCAAUUAAAAGAAAAUCAAUAACAGAUACUUUAUCCAGGUCCGGUACUCCACCACCGAAAUGGGCGUUAGAAUUGGAAGACAGAAGAAUUGCAGCGGAAGAACGAAUGGCAAACGCAUUAGAAUCAAUAGCAAAUUCAAUGAGAUUACAGGAAGAGAGACAGAGUAUUAUAGAAGAUAGGAUAGCAGAUGCUUUGACGGCCAUCGCUGGGACACUUCAGGAUCUGAACGGUUCACAGAAGAAUGUACUACAGCAUUCAAUGAUGCAUUCACAGCCCGAUCAUAAUGAGACUUCAUCAAUGAAAGAUGUGAUAUUUCUGUAAACGCUAACAAUAUUACUAUCUUAUAUUAAGUGCAAUAGAUAUUUUAUGGGUAAUUUUAAUUAAUUUCGUGAACAAGCAGUGAAAAUAUAUUUCUUAUUAUUCAUAAUAACAAAACAAAUGUUUAAAAACUAUUUAAAUAAUGUGCCAUUUCUGGUUUAUAGAGCUUUAGUACCAUGAUUUUUAUAAAUUGUCUUGACAAUGGUGAAACACAGCACCUAAUAUAUUUUAUCAUGGUUAAGUGCUAAUGUAUAUAAAAUUUUAGAUUUAUGUGUGUUAUAUUAAAAAAGUACUUUUUGAAUAAAACAACAUUUUUGUACAUAGCUAUUAACAAAAUUCUUGUAAUUAUAUGUUAAAUAGCUUUAAGGAACAUGUGUCCAUUCAUAAGAUUUUGAAAUUAUUUUCAAUGCACCAAGAAGGUUAGAUGUU